AUGCGUGCUCCCGAUCGAAGACUAAAUGUGACGGACGAAUCCCUUGUGGUCAGUGCCUCGCUAGGAGAAGACCCUGUACAUUGGAUAGACCACAUCCAUUCAAGAGACGAUGUGCCCUACCAAAUCAUGAGCUUGCUCGCCCAAAUUACGACGCCGCCAGAGAGAUUCAUGAGGAGAUCGAAGCCGUUGACGCGGGGCCAGAAGAUAUACCUUGGCCGGCUCUGGAAUCUCCCCACCAAAGCAUGGAGUGGGCAGAUGGACAAGAUAGACAGUGUUGAAAAGAGCAAGCAGUCCGACGACAGUGCUUGCGACCGAGUGCCCCUCGAUGAGGAAUCGGUGCGCGCAGCUCAGCAGCAGCCGACGGACGCGAUGAUCAAUGCUGCAAAUACGCAACACCUGAACGCGUUUGGUCUGAGUGGUGGAGCUCUUUGGAACGACUUUUCUGCACUCGAGUGCCACAAUCCAUUCGACUAUGAGAACCUGACGCAACUGUUCUGGUUUCCUGAGGUAUUCAUUUCCGACGAUGUGAUCCUGGGACAAGGAACCACCCAAAGUUCUGUCAACGGCGCACAUGGGCCAAAUGGUGGAGUCAACACAGUGGACCCAUAUGCAGACUGGGUUCAUUCUCACCCUUUGAAAAAGGGACCGACGGUUGAAGUGAUACGGAUCUGCGACUUCCUGCAUGAUUCAAAGAGUUGGGCACAAAUCAACGCACUCGAAGGCAGAUUCGGCUUGAAGCAGACUUUGGGUCCGGUGGUCGCUGACGGACUCCGCGACACUGUUUCUUCUCGGAUACAUGUCAUGGUGUCCAAGGCCCUCGAUCAAGAUCUUGUGAGAAAGAUUCCACAUCUGUUUCCGCCUCUCCAGACCGUCCAGGCAAUAUUCGCAGAAUACCAUCGUAAUCUCGCCUUGCUCUAUCCAAUGGUACAUCCAAGCACCUUCUUUGAGUCCACCUGGGGCGAGGAUGAAGCCUAUUCUGACAUCGGCCUGUUCUUUUCCACUCUAAUGUCCCUCGGCUGCCUUACUAUCCCGGUGCAGGAAGCUCGAUCAUUCGCGAUUCAGUUGGCCUUCCUCAUACGCAACAUGAUCAACGAGACAAUGACGAGGGACGAACAUCAGAUCAACGAUAUCUGGACCAUGAGUACUGCGCUACUGGUCACCGUCUUCAGCGCCUGGUGUGGCAACAAACGACAUGCGGAGCUCGCAGAGGCGUUUCGAGGUACCUUCUCAACGGCAUUUCUCCGCCGAGGCUAUUUCAGGUCUGUUGCAGCCGUCGAUCCGCAGAGUGAUGAAUCCAACUUCAGCAGUUGGGGAGCCUGGAUAAACAGAGAGCGGAAAACUCGAAUGGGCUAUGUCUGGUAUAUUGUAGAACAAGAAAUUGGCCUCUUCCAUUGUUUGUCCCCCACAAUCCACUUCUCGGAUAUGCGCAGCCCCAUUCCCUCUGCAGAUGAGCUCUUCUUUGCAGAAACCGAAGAUGAAUGGAGCGCGUUUGUACAGAAAUACCGUCAACUGGGGGGUCCAGGCAACCAUUCACGACUACACCCGCCGUCUCUGGCGGCGUUCUACUGCAUGUUCCUCCGGCACGAUUUCCUUGAGCUGCAUUGCCAUGUCACCGCGUUGCAGCUGAGGCUCUUGCUGUGUGCUAUCCAGACUCAAGUCACGCAGUUCGUCCAGAGUAAUCGCUUUGUCAGUACAGAACAUUCCUAUGCCGAUGAACCACAUUUCGAAUCCAGCAGCUUUGCAUCUCUCCGGCAAGAAGAACUGCAAACCAUGCUGAUCAAGUGGUACAUUCUGAGACAAAGAGUCCUCGGUGGCGCCGGCGAGACUGAAAUGACUCUUGCAUGCAAGUUGAUUUACCAUUUGGUAUGGCUGGAGCUGCUCAUAUGUUUCAGUGACAUCCAACUCCUCGCUGGCCGAGAAGGGCCCGCUGGUGCCAGGCUACUCAUACCACAGUUCCAACGAUGGGUUCGGUCGCCGUCCUCGCUCAAGGCUCUGGCGCACGUAGGCCAAGUCCUGAAAAUCUUGCAGUGUCCAGAUUACAAUGUCCUGCGGCCGCUCUGGUGGCCAAUCGCUUUGUUCCGCGUGUCGUUGAUCAUGUGGGCUUAUAGCAUUGGAUGCAAGCUCCAACCAGGCCGCACGCAACAAGCAUACGACCUAGAUCUUGGUGCUGCUCCUCGCAUACCACUGAAUGAUCCAGAGCAAGAUUUUGGCCCUCACGGAAGGGGUUUGCGGCAAGGAGAGGGCGUUCCUUGUGUUUUUGACACCACAGGACUACUCAUUCCCGUCACGGAGACUUACGAUGCCCUCAAAGUGUGUUUGGAUCUGCUGGAAGAAGGGAGACUCCAGAGUACACCUAUAUGUGAGGAUGUGUACCGCUUCUUGCAGGCUAUCCGACAGUACGACUUCCUGGGCACAAAAUCGUGA